UUCGGAUCGGCAAGAUGGCGGCGGCCGGUUACCUGCUGGAAUCUCAGGAACAUUUCAAAAAUAACGGCCGCACCAAGGAGUUCUCGGCUCACACGGCCAAGGUGCACUCGGUGGCCUGGAGCUGUGAUGGCCGCAGGCUCGCUUCCGGAUCUUUCGACAAGACAGCCAGCGUGUUCGUGCUGGAGAAAGACCGGCUGGUGAAGGAGAAUAACUAUCGUGGUCAUGGUGACAGCGUGGACCAACUCUGUUGGCACCCUACCAAUGCUGAUCUCUUCGUGACUGCCUCUGGUGAUAAAACUGUUCGAAUUUGGGAUGUCCGAACUACAAAAUGUGUUGCUACUGUCAACACUAAAGGUGAGAAUAUUAACAUCUGUUGGAGUCCUGAUGGCCAAACAAUUGCUGUGGGAAACAAAGAUGAUGUAGUGACUUUCAUUGAUGCAAAAUCACACCGAUCAAAAGCUGAAGAACAGUUUAAGUUUGAAGUGAAUGAGAUCUCCUGGAACAAUGAUAAUGAUAUGUUUUUCCUAACCAAUGGCAAUGGCUGCAUCAACUUACUCAGUUAUCCAGAGUUAAAACCCAUUCAGUCAAUCAAUGCACAUCCUUCAAAUUGCAUCUGCAUUAAGUUUGACCCAACAGGCAAAUACUUUGCUACCGGGAGCGCUGAUGCGCUGGUCAGUCUUUGGAGUGUGGAUGAACUAGUCUGUGUAAGGUGUUUCUCCAGACUUGACUGGCCUGUGAGAACGUUGAGUUUUAGCCAUGAUGGAAAAAUGCUAGCAUCAGCUUCAGAGGACCACUUCAUUGACAUUGCAGAAGUGGAAACUGGUGAGAAGUUAUGGGAAGUACAGUGCGACUCACCUACUUUUACUGUAGCGUGGCAUCCGAAGCGACCACUCUUAGCUUUUGCUUGCGAUGAUAAAGAUGGCAAGUACGAUAGCAGUCGGGAAGCUGGAACAGUUAAGCUCUUUGGACUCCCUAAUGACUCCUAAUAUUAAACUACUGAAAGUGUGUGCAGCUGAAAUGUACACAUUAACAUCAUGCCAAAUACAGCAUAUAAAAACUGCAUUCAUUGUGGACCCAAAUGUAUGGAUUUCAUUUUUAGAUGACUCUUUGUAGAAAUGGAAUGUUAUUUUUAAUUUUUUUUUACACUUGUACUGUGUUUAAACUUCAGCCGAUGGAGAACUAGAAUACCAGCAUAUCUAAUUAAAGUGCGAAAAUAAUGCUUAAAAAUAUACUUUGACCAAUUUGGUAUGAAUGUAACCUCUGCAGGUUUUGUAUACUAUUCAGUAAAAAAUGUACAGCUGUUGAAAGUUAGGGUUAGUUCUUUGAUAUUUAUUCCACUUGGAAUUGCACUCACAAAAUGUCUAGUACAUGUUUUUAAUAUGUAAUUAAUUCAGUAGUUCCAUACUUCAUUUUGAAAUCCUUUUUGAUCCAACAAUGGAGAAAGGUAACUUCACAAAAAUGUAUGUACAGAUGGGGGUGGCCAUUUGACCCAUCUAACUUAUCAUUGAUUAAAAACCAAACCAUCAUAGUA